AUGGAUUCGCAAAAAUCUCUAGUUAAGAAUCUUCUAAUGAAGGUUAAACAAGAUCUCUUAGCGUCAUCAGAAUUUGAUGUUUAUUCUUUUGUGCCUCCUUCUCCUUAUGACACUGCUUGGCUCUCAAUGGUUCCCAACCCUCAACAAUCAGAUCAACCAUUGUUUCAGGGGUGCUUGGAUUGGGUGCUCCAACACCAAAACAGAGGAGGUUUCUGCGGUGACAAUAUUGCUCAUCCCACCAUAGAGUGCCUCACUUCAACUCUUGCUUGCAUUGUUGCACUUACUACAUGGAAUGUCGGCCACGAUGCCAUUCAGAAAGGGUUGGCAUUCAUCCAUGGAAACACAGAGAAGCUCUUGGAAGAGCAGAAUGGUUCUUUUCCUGAUUGGUUUGCAAUAGUUUUCCCAGCAAUGAUUGAACUUGCAGAAACCAAAGGCUUACAUGUUUACUUUUCUAAUGGGCUGGUAGAACAAGUCUUCCUAAAGAGACAAGAAAUAUUACAAACGCGCAGCUGGGUGUCUGGUUGUGGUCAGCAACAGAAUUAUCCAGCACUCAUGUUAAAAUAUCUUGAAGACGGGUUAAUCCAAUCCCCAUCAGCCACUGCACAUGCUUUCAUGAAGACAGGAAACAAGGAGUUUUUGGUCAAAUUGAAUUCUAUUGUCCAAACAUGUGGUUAUGGAGUUCCUGCGGUCUACCCCUUGGAUGAAGACCUUGUAAAGAUUCUUCUAAUUAACCAGAUUGAGACGCUGGGGUUGGCAGAGCAUUUCAUGGAGGAGAUUACAAGUUUUAUGGCCCAAGUUUACAGAAGUUACAUCAGCUGCGAAGAACCGAAGCGUAUGGCAAAGAUUGCGAUGCCAAUACAACUGUAUAAACAUUCCCUCGCAUUUCGACUUCUAAGACUUCAUGGUUAUAGAGUUUCUCCACGUAAGGAUCAAUGA